AUGUCACAACAUCAAACUCCAUCUGGUUCAAAAACUACUAAGCCUACUCACAAGGAUAGCGCUCAUUCCAUGGACUUUCUCGAUGAUGAAAUUUUGGAUGUGGUCCCUCUGUCUGUUAUUCCAGGAGAAGCCCCUGACUCAAACCAUCCCAUGGAUGCAUCUGCUUCUGCAUGCCCCACUCAAGGUAACAACUCUAGUAUCCCUUCUAGCUCUACUCAUGCCUCUAGUUCUAAGGAAGAAAUGCACCACAUUGAUCGUGUCAUAAGAAACCUAGUCACUAGAAUCCUGAAUGAAGGACAUUUUGUGAAGGGAGUCUCUACUCCUCUGUCUAGAAUGUACCCCUCUCUUGAGGUUGAACCUCAUAGUGAGAAGGAUGAUGAUUCCUCUAGAUCUGAGAAGGACAUGGCUGCUGAAGCUAAGACAACUAAGAAGACUGCUGGUGUAGGUCCCUCCAAAUCUUGGAGCAAAGUAGAUGUGAAGAAGAGAAAGGUUAGAGAAGUUUUUGUGUCUGACGAAGAUGUUGAGGAAGAUGUCCCUGACAUCUCCCCUGUGAAGAGGACAACUCUGAGGAAGUCCCCUGUGAAAGUUGUUGUUGUGCAUUUGGACAAUAUCUCUUUCCAUCUUAAAGAUGGAGCUGCCAAAUGGAAAUUUGUGAUCCAAAGAAGGGUGGCUGUAGAGAGAGAGUUAGGCAAGGAUGUUGUUGAGGAAUUCAUUGUCAACAUUCCUGAAGAUAUUGCUGAUAAAAAUAACAAGGAAUUUUGCAAAGUUUUUGUGAGACGUAAGUGUAUUACAUUUUCUCCCACUGUCAUUAACAAGUUUCUGGGAAGAGGGAGUCAUGUCAAAGACAUUGUCAUGACAUCUGCUGUGAAAAAGCCAGCCUCAAAAGGUGGACGUAUUGCUGAGCUGAAGGAAAUGUGUAAAGAGCUGGGUGCAGGAAUACGGGUAGUAACAGCUAGGAAAGAAUCGUUGGAAGCCCUGAUUGUAAGCUUAGAGCAAGUUGAAGGUGAGAAUAUUGAACAUGCUAAGGAAGCUGAAGCCCAAACCUCUGGUGAGAGGUCUACAACUAAAGAUGAGACAAGUGGCAAUUCUGGUUCUGAUGCUGAUGAAGCUGCAAGCUCAAGCUUCUCUGAUUAG